AUGUCUCCUCAAAAAGAAGGUGAUGAUCCCGAGACAUUCACGACGAUCAGUUCCAGCGAGGCGGACACAUCGGAGCUUUUUACGAUUGUCGAAGCACGAAGAUCACGGCCCCAGCCGUCGGCAGCUCCGCGACAGAUCAAAUGUCUUCUGCGGUUUGCCAGUGGGUAUCUGCACAAGCCCCUGCGUUCUGUUUGUGUUAACGCUGGAGUUAUAUGUACACUUCACUUCGUACGAAUAUAUGCCAACCAACUACGCCUUUUGCGGCUUGUGGUUAAUGCCAACGCCUUCCUGAUCCUCGAGGUCUCGAAGUCUCGCUUGCGUUGCUUCUUUCUGUCCACAAUGCAUGUGCGCAUCGAACUUUCCAUGUUGGAUAUUGACGGACAUGAUUCGCCAAUGCCCUCUCGGACCCAGACCCCCAGGAUCAGUGCAAGGCCCUCAGACAGAGCGCAUCAGCCCUCGCACAAGAAAACGCGACACCCUGGUUCGCCAACUCCUUCAUUCCCACCACAGACAGGGUUUGGAGCCAGGGCUUUGCACGUAGCGAAAUAA